AUGUCUGGAUCUGCAUUCGCCAAACUCCUAGACAAACAUUGUCUAGAAGGCCAUAACUUUCUAACAUGGUACCCCAAUCUCAAGAUAUUCAUGACUAUCGAGAAGAUUAUGUACGUACUAGAGAAAGCUCCUGACAUAGAGCCCCCCAGUGAAGAUGCUUCUCAGGAAGUACGUGCUGAGUAUGACAAGCACGUGGAUGAUGACUGUCAAGCCAUGUGCCACAUUCUGGCUUCCAUGAAUGAGGAGCUCCAGAAAUCGAAUGAGCAUAUGAUGCAUGCUGCUGACAUAAUAUCCCAUCUCCAAGAGCUUUAUAGAGAGGGCACAUGCAACAGACGCUUCAGUGCUCUGGAAAGUCUUAACAGUCCACUGGACCGCAACUUGACCACCAACAUCUUCCUUGCGUCCCUUUCUGAUUCAUUCUCCCAGUUUGUUGUGAACUACAACAUGGGGAAGAUGGAGAACACUCUCUCAGAGCUGCAGAACAUGUGUGUGAUUGCUGAGAAGACAUUCAAGAUACAAGGAGGGAAUGAGACCAUUGUGGUUUUUGAGAAGUCAACUUCUUCUGCUAAUCCCGGUAAUAAGGGUAAAGGCAAAUUCAAUGCCAGCAAGAAGAAGAAAUGA